GGGUGGGCUCCAACUGAAAGAGGAAGAAUCCAUAGAGGGAACGACGCACCAGACGAGCGAGGUGACAGGCAAGCAGUAAGGUUCCCCCAAGUCCCCGGACACCCCGUCACAGAAUCGCACCUGGCCGCCCAGUCACCUGAGCAACCAUGUCAGCUUCGGCGGUCUUUAUUUUGGACCAGAAAGGCAAGAUGUUGAUAAGUCGUAAUUACAAAGGUGAUGUGGAUAUGGCGGAGAUUGACCACUUCAUGACCCUCCUGAUGCAGAAGGAGGAAGAAGGUUUCCUGACCCCCUUGCUAACUCGUGGCAAAGUUAAUUUCCUGUGGAUUAAACACAGCAACCUCUACUUGGUGGCUACCACAACAAAAAAUGCAAAUGCUUCUCUAGUGUAUUCCUUCUUAUACAAAAUUGUAGAGAUUUUUACAGAAUACUUCAAGGAGCUGGAAGAAGAGAGUAUCCGAGAUAACUUUGUCAUUGUUUACGAGUUACUGGAUGAGGUGAUGGAUUUUGGAUUCCCUCAAACCACCGACAGUAAAAUCUUACAGGAGUACAUUACACAGGAAGGUAACAAGCUGGAGUUAGCCAAGUCCCGUGUCCCAACAACUGUUACAAAUGCUGUGUCCUGGAGGUCAGAAGGCAUCAAGUACAAAAAGAAUGAAGUUUUCAUUGACGUCAUUGAAUCUGUCAACCUGAUGGUCAGUGCCAAUGGGAACGUUCUUCGGAGUGAAAUUAUUGGCAGUAUCAAGUUGAAAGUCUUUCUGUCUGGAAUGCCGGAGCUUCGGCUGGGUCUGAAUGACAGAGUGCUCUUUGAGCUAACAGGACGAUCGAAAAAUAAAUCUGUGGAGAUGGAGGAUGUGAAGUUUCACCAGUGCGUGCGGCUGUCACGAUUUGAAAAUGACCGCACCAUCUCAUUUGUUCCACCUGAUGGCGACUUUGAGCUCAUGUCAUACAGGCUCAACACUCAUGUAAAGCCACUGAUCUGGAUUGAGUCCGUCAUUGAGAAGUUUUCUCACAGCCGGGUUGAGAUAAUGAUAAAGGCAAAGAGUCAGUUUAAGAAGCAGUCUGUUGCCAACAAUGUGGAAAUAUUUAUACCAGUGCCCAGUGAUGCAGACUCCCCAAAGUUCAAAACUGGCAUUGGCAGUGCAAAAUACCAUCCAGAGAAGAAUGUUGUUGUAUGGUCUAUUAAAUCUUUUCCUGGAGGAAAGGAGCAUUUAAUGAGGGCACACUUUGGCCUCCCCAGCGUUGAGAAUGAAGAGGUAGAGGGUAGGCCUCCUGUGUCCGUCAAGUUUGAGAUUCCCUAUUUUACCGUCUCUGGCAUCCAGGUCCGUUACAUGAAAAUCAUUGAAAAGAGUGGCUACCAAGCUUUACCUUGGGUCCGUUACAUUACUCAGAGUGGUGAAUACCAGCUCCGUACAAAUUAAUGACCUGAUUAGUUUCCAUAUACAAUUUGAAGAAAUGGGACCUGGAAAGAUUUACCGACCCUCCCCCAGUAAAAUAAAAUUAGUAUGGAAAUGGCAAAACUGCUUUCAAAAACAUUUCUGUACAUAUUUACUUAGACGUGUAUAACUGCUAACAAUACCUGUGUUGCAAGUGGACUAUUUAUAGUCACUGCCAACAGUGAUUGUAAUGCACUUCUAUUUGUUUACUUUGAAAUCACAUAAUGUGUUAAAAAUCAUAACAAGAGUAUUUCAUAAUAUUGUAACCAUUUACUGUUAAGCACACAACUGGUUUGAAAGAAAGUGGAGUGAAUCUUUAAUGUUUCCAUAUUUAUUUAUUUUUUUUUGGGGGGGGGGAGUGGAAGCAUAACAUGAAAGCUUGGUUAUCACCUUUCAUUCUUUGUACUGCAUGUGCAGUGUGUGUUAUUUUACAGGCUUCUUGCAGAAAUUAUAUUUUACAGAAAUGCCAUUGUUAAUGUACAACUGUGAGACAGACAGAAGUUUAUAGACUUAUGUGCUGCUUAUGCCUUCUGUUAAUGUGGAUGUCAGACAUCAGACAUCUGGUGUGAGUGCCAAACUCGUUGUUUCAAUGUUGUGUGGACGGCUGUGAGUUACUGCUGCAUACUCUCCCUCUGCAAACACCCCACCCAGGCAGCUUUCUGCAGCUGAUAGUGUUGCAUUUUCCAAGCAGCUGCAUUGCUUGCUUUGGUCAGACUGACCCACGCCACAGGGUCCAAAGAUGGUCAGUGUGGAACUUGUGCCAGGCAAGUGCUUGCAGCUCAAACCAACGGAAGCAGCAGCUGUGCCUGAAUCAUUUCUGCAACUUUUUGUAAGAACAUAGUUCAAAUCAGGUCACAGAUGGCAAAAGCACAUUGGGUAUUGGCUUUGCUUGUGUCUAUCCUGAGAGAGUGACUAACUCAGAGUAUUUGCAGUGAUUUCUAAAAAUAGAAUUAAAGAUGUUAUGUUCCACAGUUUUAUUUUGCUUACACAUUUAUUUUAUUUAAUGUUUUCAAGGAAAACAUUCAUAAAAUGCAACAUAGAGGAACUGACUGUCCUCUUUUUCUUUACUAGUUUGAAAAAAAAACAGCCAUAGGCUGAAUGUUUUCUCAAAAUACACAUGCAUUUUAAAUGCUUUAAAGGACGGACAUUUUCAAAGGUGAAAAUGGAUCCUUACAAGGAUUGUGCAUUGACACUUUACCUUGGAUUGCUUAUAGGUUAUGUCCAAAAUACUGAAUCCUUUGCAGUAUUUCUUAACAAGUCAGCAAGUGGGAGUGAGGACUGAGAAGCCAUUUCCCUCUGAAGAAAUUAUUUUUACUCCCCCUUUCAGAAAAUGAAAAAUAAGAGUUAAACUAAAACAGUUAAGCUAUGCUUAACAAGGAUUUUAAUGAUCACAGUUAAUGAGUGUUUUUUAUUAAUACCAUUCUAAUGUUAUGGAAGUAAACAGCAUAACAAAUCCAAAUGUGAGAUGUAUUUCAGCUUUCUUUGCCUAGAUGUGUUUUCAAUACACUAGUUGUGUUGUGGUGUGAGCAACCUUAUUUUAAACAGGUUUGUAGCAGUAUGCAGUCAAAAAAGAAAACUCACUUGGGAAGCAGGUCUGUUUGGUAAGGAUGCAGACACUUAAAUACAAGGUUCGGUAUAUAUAAAAAGAGAAUGUGAUGAUUUGGGGUCACAUGGAUCAUGACAUGUCCCUGCAGGACAUUCUGUUAGUACGCUUUGUCAUACCAGUGGGAUGACCUUCCAUCACUGAGGAAAAUGGGCAUUCAACUUAAGGUCUAGUUUAAAAAUAAUGCUUAUUAGUCCAUGAAAAGCUCUACCUGCAACAUAUGUGUUAAUCUUAUGUUAUUUUUGUUGUCCUUUUAGUCACCAAGUUAGGGUAACAUGUUUCUUAUGCUGAAAAAUUGUCACAGUUGUCGCCUUUUAGGUUAAAGCCCCUUUUUUCUGUUCACAACAGAAUCCACUGAAACCACAAAACGUUUUAACUGUAACUAUUACUUACUGUCUGAAUUUGUCUAGUUUUCUUUUAUGUUAAAGUGAAAUGUCUCUUAGUUGUCGCUAACAGAUCCCAGUAGACUUUGGGGUAUAGUAGGGAAAGCAUUAAAGCAAAACUGAAGACAAGAUGGUAGCAGUAACAGAGGCUGAGCAUUGUGACCUGGUUUAAGGUAAGGAAAGAUGAUGGAAAAUAGAUGUCUUGUGGCUGUUUUUCUUCUUUUUGAUUCCUGAUUGCCUGCAACCACUCCAUAUUUGCGACAAAGCAUAUAUUGGCAUGUCACAGUUUCCUAGCUGCAGCGCCUGUCUGGCAUUUAAUUACACGUACGUCUGAGGUUACUUGCACUUUUUACAGACCAGCUGGACCACCCUGAGUUGAAGAGAAGAUGACAGGAAUUCUUAUUUAGAAACCUUUUUUGGUGGGUGGUGGAGCAGCUGUAAAGGAUGACAGGACAUUUAAUUUGUCUGUGUUUAUAUCCCCCUCCUUUGGCACAUGCUCUGCCAUUGAACGCAGGGCAUUCAUUAUUAGAUGCAAUUGCAUUUCUCAACCCAGCUUCACCAGCUGAAGCUAUCCUAUGCUUUUUUUUAUUCAGAAGUGGAGGGAGGGAUUUGUUUCACCUGUCCUGCAGUAAAUGCCCAGCAAGGUAAUGAUGCUCCCCAUCCACACCCAGAACCCUAGGGCAGCCCCAGUUCAUUACUGAAACAAGGUCAUUAGCACUGAAAAAAAAAGUUUCUCUUUUAAUGUGCAGUUUAAUGCUGUGGGUGCAAAGCUUAACUUUGCCACAAAAAUACAAUAAUACUAACAUGUGAAUGGUUAGCCUUGGGGGGGGGGGGGAUAAACACAGUUCUCCUAAUAAGACUCUGUGCUUACUUCAGCGUUUUGUUAUGGCAUCGUUGCUUUUGGGAAACUCUGCAGUCAGUUUCUCAGCUUUGACUAGUGGCAACUUGACAAAUGCUACUUAGAUGAGCUGUAACACUUAUAGUUAAGGCUUAUGGUGUUACUUGUACAUGAGUGAGAAAACAGACAAUACAAGUGGCAGGGAUGCAAGUGUCAAAGUGUACAGAAAAUACAUGGAAAAAAAAACAAAAUAAGAAUGUUACAUGUUCCUUAUCUAAUACAUGUGACUCAUUUUUAGUCAUAAGCUCUUUUAUUUUUCAAACAGCAGAAAAGUCUUUUACCAGUUAUAUUUCACUUGAAAAUAUUCUAAAACUACUCAUCAUGUUACUAGAUGUGCACAUUUUGUGUUUCUAUUUCUAGCUUAAUAAAUUGUGUCAGAAAGUUAAUUUAAAAUCUGUUACAAAUCUGAAGUUCCCCUGGAUUACAAGUACGUGAAGAAAGGCUGAGAGUAAAAUAAAACUUGGAAAUUGUUA